GGCGCUAGGGCUGACAAAGGUAAUCUUUAAACACAAAGCAAAACUGGCCCCUUAGGGCUCCAGCAUAAACCUAACGAAGACAAAAGGGUAUGCAGCUGGAUAAAGACCACCUCUUUGUUGGAUACCUGGUGUAUUCUUCCAUUCUCUGAACAUUGUGUUUGUGGUGGCAAAUAACAGUGCCUUCAACUCCCAGGGUGGAUCAGAUGUGGCUAAAGCUGUGCUCUGGACCUUGAAUGCUGGAAUAUCUUCUGCUAAUAACUUGGAAGAUCAGUCUGGAGACUGAGCUCUCACAUCUGGGAAGCACAGAGGAUUUUAACUCUUUCAUCAAAUAUAGCUUUUUAUUUCCUCUUAGAAUUGGUUUGUAUCGUAUAUGUGGAUUUAAAAGACAUUUACUGGAUAUACUAAGAAUAGAGGAACAUCCAUUUACAAGUGUAGUUGACAAGCUUCUAUGCUGAACGUCUUCCAGGAUUCUAUUGCUUUCAGAAGUGGUUGGUUUACAGAUCAAGUAUUUUAAUGAGGUAACAGAGGGUAACAAAAGAACAUUGUCCCUCUCCCCUAUCCCUUCCCAGUUGUGAACCCAGAGCUGAGAAAUGGGUCAGAAGAUCUCGGGGAGCAUAAAAUCUGUGGAUGUACGGGAUCCCCCAUACAGGCCAGUUAAAAGAGAACUGAGGGGUCCUGACUUUUGCAAACCCGCUCGGUUAGAUAUGCUGCUGGAUAUGCCAAUGGCCACCUUGGAUGUUCAAUGCAAACAUGGCUGGAACAAUGAGGAUCGGUCAUUGAAUAUCUUUGUGAAAGAGGAUGACAGGCUAACGUUCCAUCGACACCCGGUUGCACAAAGCACAGACUGUAUCCGUGGAAAAAUUGGCUACACAAGAGGCCUUCAUGUUUGGCAGAUCCAUUGGCCCACAAGGCAGAGAGGAACACAUGCUGUUGUAGGGGUGGCAACUGUAGAUUCUCCUUUACAUUCUGUAGGAUACACCUCAUUAGUGGGAAGCAAUAGUGAGUCUUGGGGCUGGGACCUGGGACGCAACAAACUGUAUCACAACUGUAAAAACCAACCUGGGGUAACAUAUCCAGCCUUUCUAGAACCUGAUGAAUCAUUUGUACUCCCAGACUCUUUGCUGGUGGUGCUAGACAUGGAUGAGGGGACACUUAGCUUCAUAGUAGAUGGCCAAUACUUAGGUGUUGCUUUCAGAGGACUUAAAGGGAAAAAACUUUAUCCUAUUGUCAGUGCUGUAUGGGGUCACUGUGAAAUUACAAUGCGAUACAUCAAUGGACUUGAUCCGGAGCCACUGCCUUUAAUGGACUUAAGUCGGAGAUCAGUUCGUUUUGCUGUUGGCAGAGACCGUUUGCACCAAAUUGAGUCUUUACCUUUGCCUCAAGCGCUGAAAAACUAUUUACAGUACCAGUGACAUUAUCCAGACCUUCAUAGCCUCAACCGGACAACAAAGAAAAGAAAUAAUGCAAAACAGCAAAUAUUGUUUACAUGGAAACACAAGUCGUUGUGGUGGACACUUGAGCAUUAUUUAAUUUUUUAAUAUAUAUAUUGUUUGUUUUAUUGUCUUUCUGGAAGUCGUGACAACGAACAUUACUGAUAGUAGAAAAAACACCUGAUGUUCCAUUCAGUAUUAGCUUAUUAUUAUCUGAACACGCACACGAGGAUUCCUGAUAGCUGUUCAUUUUUUUUUUAUUUUGAUAUUAAAAUAAAUAUGAAAUAAAUCUAAAUCAUUAGAAGAUAAAUAGUCAUUUUCCAGGGAUAAAGGCACAUACAUAUAUCUGAUUUAAAUGAAAAUGCACUGAAAUCAUUACUUAAUAAGGGAUACAAGUGCAAAAUAUUUAUUAAACUGCCAUAGGAGGAUUCAGUUUAUUAAAG